AUGGGCGACCUGAACAAUAAUAAUACCUCGGCGGAUUACUCAAACGCGCCGGGUAGACAAACGGCGGGGUUUUCCUCUAAAGACACAAACUCACCUCUCGACAUCUUCGCAUUGAUCAUCGGUAUCAACGAAUACCAACAUUUUGAACACCUGAAGGGUGCAGUUCCCGACGCCAAUGCAAUCGCAGACUUGUUGCGCAAGGACUUGAAGGUUCCUACUGAGCGCAUCAAACUGCUCACCGACGAAUAUGCGACAGGAUCAGCUAUCCUGGAAGAAUUGAGGGCCUUCAAGGACAACAAACAGAUCGUCAAGGACAAGACUGCAAUCUUGAUAUACUUUGCGGGGCACGGCAGCAGGGUUAAGGCGCCCAACAAUUGGCCAGGCUGGAAGACCGACGACGGCUACAUAGAGUUGCUGUGCCCUGUCGAUGGCGAGAAGGGAGUUCCUGAUUCGGCCUGUGGCGGCGAAUUAGUGAAGGGAGAAUGUAUUUCUGAUCAGAGGAUUAGUGACAUUCUCCGGAAGUUGUCGGAUGCAAAAGGGAAUAACAUUACAUUGAUAUGUGACUGCUGCCAUUCCGCAGGAUUGAACAGAGGAGAUGAUUCCGACUCGGACGAUUUGGACUCCAACGAGUCGGAUCCAAGCGAGCUAGUGCGCGGAGUGGACGAUAUCGAGAGUAAUCCUACCCAGUGCGACACUCAGCCCAUCUUACCUGAAUGCGGCAACGGUGAAACGAGAGAGGGAUACCCGAAUGUCAAAGUCCCGAGCCGCGAAGACUUUCGUGCAUCGUGGGACUCCCAUGUAUUUCUAGCAGCAUGCUUGUCAGAUCAGAAGGCGCGAGAGAUAUCAGAGGGAGGCAGAUUCACUACGGCCCUGCUGAAGGUUCUGAAAGGAGCAUAUCAAGGGCAUAUUCACACCCACCUGACAUACAGGGGGCUCACGGAUAAAAUCGUUGUUGAAAUGCAGAAAACGAAGACCAAACAGACUCCAUGCAUAUACGGGAAGCAUAUCCAUCGACGCAUAUUUAUGCGCUCCGGCCCAGAAACGAUGAUUCGCCCGAUGAUCCCUUGCAAAGCAGAAACGCUCACAGAUACCGGUCAUCGUAUGUUUUUGCUUCAUGCUGGGCACAGUGCCGGGCCUCUCCACAUCCACGAGAAGUCUAUAUACGCCAUCUACGACACCGAUUCACCAAUAAUGACGUCUUCACCAUUGACGACAGCGAAGGUCUUUUUUAAGGAGGAGAAGAUCAUGCUUGAAGAGAACCAGCCCUCAUCGCAAGACUACAACUACACUGGCAUACUGUAUGCACGAUUAUCGGAGUGUCCUGUCGACGACCUGCUCGUGUAUUACGAUCCGGAAAAGAUUGACCUCCUCUCACCAUCUAAUGUGCCCAGUUAUCCUUUCCACUACAUCGAUCGCCCAGAUGAGGCGGACAUUUGCUUGGAGGUCAGCGCUGGAGCCAGAAAUGAAGUUUCUAUUCGUCGAGGGAAUACGAACACGUAUUACAAGCAUUUCGUGACAAAGGGUGACUGCUUCGAUAAAAUGGAGGGAAAUCGUAUUUUCAGGCAGGCUGAACAAGAAGGCUUUCCUGACCACUUCUCAUACAAACCUCUCGCCAGUAACAUUGAUGAUAUCAGGCAGUUCAUCGAUGCCUAUACGCAUUUCAUCUACUAUUUGACAUCUGGGAGCCAAAAGAAAAUAGAAGAUUUCGUCUCCGUCGAAAUGCACGAACUCAAACGGCACCCAGAGAACCGUCUAGAAGUCGCCGGAGGUGAUAUUCUCUCCGUUCUCAACUCACAGGACUCCCAGACUCGGAGGGAGUUCGUCGAGGUUGCUGGGGAUCUCGACCCGUUUAAUGCCCGCGACAACAACAAUGCUCCACGAUAUGGGUUGACGAUCCGUAGGAAAUUCAUAUCCAACCCGGUUGGAGCACUAUACCCCCAUAUUUUCGUUUUCGAACCAUCCACCCUUGAAAUAGGCAAUGAGCGUAAUGUUGAGACGUGCCUUACCAAAGAGGGCGAUAAAAUUUCCUUCGGCCUUUCCACUGACAGCAGUGGCCCGGGCAUGGUAGAACCCUUCCUGUUCUGCCUGCCAGCAGGGCAGAAUGUGGACGUCACCUUCAUCAAGAUUUUCGUGACCACGGAAUCAGUAGACCUCCGAUGCAUUUCACAGCCUGCCUUGGGCACUGCCUUUGAAGAUGGUGCAGAUCGGCCCAUAGUGCGCGAUCGGCCUGCUGAUUCCAUUCAACCGGACCCAGUAUGGGCGUCAAUGACGAUUCCAGUGUUGAUUAAAAACGUCAGCAGGAAUGAUACUGCGUAA